AACCAAUAGCGUUUCGUCUAGUCUCACCCUACGCCUGCGAUUGGAUGAUUGGCUUCCUGUUGUAAACCGAUGUUGCGUUCUUCCACACCAGAGUUGUGGUAAAUUAUAUUCUCCAACUCAGGAAACAACGCUCAUACGUAAACACGCAGGACGGAAUUUAAACUGGAAACUUAAAGUUUUUUGUCUGGAAGUUUCUGUAGGUCUGACGUCACACACUACAUACUGCGCUGUAAACAACUGACGUCAGGCACAGUGCGCCGGUCAGUCCAAUUAAACCCUUGAGCUGUUAUACUGUCGAUCAUCUGUACUUCCUUUCUCACAUUAUUUAUUUAUUUUAAGCAACAUUGAUCUUCCUCUGCCUCGUUAAAACUUGCCCUUCUUAUAAUACAUCUAUGCGUUAAAGGGGGAGUCUUAUCAUAACUCCCGCUCCCCCUCGUGUUCCGUGAACGCAGCACAAACGGCAGCCCGUGGAGUUAGUGAAGAAGAGGAGGAGGAAAAGGAAGAGGAGGAGGAGGAGGAAGAAGAAGAAGAAGAAGAAGAAGAGGAGGAGGAGGAGGAGGAAGAAGAGGAAUGAUCUGAUGGACUGAUGGAUCGUCUCUCGUGUGGACCAUGAUGUCGUCGAGGAGACGGUGAUCUCCGGGUGUAGCCUGCCCGCUCCCCUCGCUCGUGUCCCCGGCGUUUCCCCCGAGAGAGUCGCGAUGUUUUCGAGCAACAUGGAAACGAAACGAGUGGAGAUUCCGUCCGGCAUGUUGGACGACCUGUGCAGCCGUUUCAUCCUCCACAUCCCCAGUGAGGAGCGGGACAACGCCAUCCGUGUCUGUUUCCAGAUCGAACUGGCCCACUGGUUCUACCUGGACUUCUGUAUGCAGAACACUCCCGGAGCUCCUCACUGUGGGAUCAGAGACUUCGCCAAAGCUGUAUUCCAUCACUGUCCGUUUCUGUUGCCUCAUGGGGAGGACGUGCAGAAGGUCCUGGAGCAGUGGAAGGAAUACAAGAUGGGUGUGCCGACCUACGGAGCCAUCAUUUUAGACGAAUCGUUAGAAAACGCUCUUCUGGUUCAGGGAUACCUCGCCAAGUCGGGCUGGGGUUUCCCAAAGGGCAAAGUGAACGAGGACGAAGCUCCUCAUGACUGUGCCGUGCGCGAGGUGAUGGAGGAGACGGGCUUCGACAUCAAGAACCGCAUCAGUAAGGACAGGUUCAUUGAGACGAAGAUCACGGACCAGGUGGUGCGGCUCUACAUCAUCCCAGGAGUGUCCAAGGACACAAAGUUCAACCCCAAAACACGGAAAGAGAUCAGGAACAUCGAGUGGUUCCCCAUCGAGAAGCUCCCGUGUCACAGGAACGACAUGACCCCGAAGUCGAAGCUGGGACUCGCCCCCAACAGGUUCUUCAUGGCCAUUCCGUUCAUAAGGCCGCUGAGAGAAUGGAUCGGCAAGUUGAAAGGCGAGUCGACGGACAGCGACGAGGACUUCGCAAACAACGGUAGCACUCCAGGAAAACCUUCGGAAAACCUUCGGUCAAAAUCCCGCCGCCUUACAGGGACCGACGCACUUCCUGGGAACGGCUGGACUAAACAGAAGCCCGUGAGCCAGCCAGGCCAGUACGAGCCGAACCAGAACUCAACCUCAAAGAGCAACGGGAAGAAAAGUCAGGACUCGCCUUAUGUGAAGAAAGGAGCCGCUGACAGUUCAGCCGGCAGCCAACAGGUGAAAAGCAUAUCAAAGGAGGAUAAAAGACUUCAGCCCAGAAGACUGCAGGACAGUUUUGAGAGAGACGCGUCUCAGAGCAGCUCAAACGGCCACCAGACCAGAGACGCCGAGCAGCUGCUGUCCUCCAGAGCUUUCCUCAACUUCAGAUUCGACCGGGACGCCAUCAUGAAAUGUUUCGACUACUGACGUGAUGAUGGAGCUCUGUGCCACUCAUCUGCAACCACAUCCGAUCACGGCCUCAUGGGAGCAGCCAUCCACAAUGACGACAUGGGGGAAAAACGGAAAAAUGCCAAUUGUUUCAUUUUAAUCAGAAAAGGAGAUUAACUCAAUCACAAGUAAUUUUUUCAUUGAAAACGGGAUCACAGUUCAAUUAUUGUGGCAGCGUAUUGCUCAGAUAGUAUUUUUCACCAAUUUUAAAACUUAAUAAAUCAAACGCACACAAGGAAAGAACGACGUUUCAAUUUGAGUAAACUGUUAAAUUUUUUAAUAUUGUCCAUUCCCAGACUUCAGGAUAUUGUUGUUGCUAUUUUGCCUUAAACUGACCCACGUCCCAUUUUGUUGUCUGUUAGUUUUUCAGAAUUCUUUUUUAGCAGUCGUAUUAUUUCAUCGCUGUUUUGCGAACUUCACAGGUUCAAAAAUACCCAUUACAGUUCCUCAGACAGACAAGUUCUCGAUCAUGUUUCUUGAUGACUUGGCUCGUAGCAGUUGUGUUUUAGGUGACAUGGAAAAAAAACAUUCGGGCCCUUGAGCCUCUGGACCACGACGGAGGAACCACAGCGCUGGAAAACUGUGAACUUUGUCACCGCAAUGUUUCAGAAGUUCAACCCACAGUCGGUGAGAGUUUAACGUAAACAUCAGGAUAUGAACUCUCUUCUUCUUCUAAUUAUUAUUGUUGUUGUUGUUGAUUGUACAGAUGCUGAUCUCCAGCUGUCUUCUGGCUUCAACUGUGUUUUUGACUGUGAAUAAAGUGAAAUGUCUGUUUUUUUUCA